UUCUUUUAAAUUAGUGAAUGAGAUAGGAAUUAUUAAAACCUGUGAAGAAUAUAGUAAUGGCUAUUCCUAUCACAUUCCAAAAUCUAAAAAGGAUAAUAAGCAACAUUCCCCACCUUAUUCCUAAAGUGUCAAGCACUUCGUUUUAUCUUGUUUUCAUUCAUUGACCAACAAAUAGAAAUUCCAUUGAAUCAAACAUAGCCUAAAGUUCCUUUGGCACCCAUUGAUUGAAAUUGUACCAUGUUUUAAUGUAGACAACAUUGAUAGUUACCUCAAGACUUUAAUGGGGGGUUAGGAUUGAUCUAUGCUGAACUGUAGAAGAAAAUUCAGCUUCUACAUUAUGGUCAAAGCUGGAAGCCCUUUACUUAACCAAAUAAGUCACUAACUGAUUGUAUCUAAAGAAACGGUUGUUCACCCUCAGUAUGAAUGAAGGUGGUUCCAUCAAAGACCAUCUUGAUGAGUUCAACAAGCUCAUUUUAGACUUGAAGAAUAAAGAUAGAAGAUGAAGACCAGGCAAUUAUUGUUUUGUGCUCGUUGCCUGACUCUUAUGACAACUUUGUUGAAACUCAUCUUCAUAGUAGAGAUCAACUCUCUAUGGAAGAUGUCAAGGCGGCUCUGAAUUCAAGAGAAUUGAAGAAGAAGGUGUCCGAAGACAAGAGUGGUGAUCAAGCAGCAGGAUUGGUCAUAAGAGGUAGACAAAGUAAUAGAACUUUCAACAAGCGAGGAAAGUCUCAAUCCAAAUCGAGAGCCAAGCAUGGUCGAUGUUACGGGUGCAAUGAGAUGGGACAUUUCAAGAAAAAUUGUCACAAGCUCAAGGAGAAAAAAGCUGAAAAAUUCGAUGAUGCUAACAUUGCCAGUUGUAGUGAUAAUUUAGAUGAUGAAGAUUGUGUUUUACCUAUCUCUACAAACUCCUCCACCACUAGCACGGUGGUUCUUGGUGAUGAUACAACAUUGUCUAUUGUUAGAAUUGGCAACAUCUGGAUCAAGAUGUAUGAUGGGACAGUCAAAACAUUCAAGGUUCGUCAUGUGUCAGGUUUGAAGAAAAAUCUCAUUUCCAUGAGUGAGCUUGACUCCAAAUGCUAUCGAUACUCCUGGGAAGGUGGAGCUCUCAAAGUCUCUAAAAGAGCUCUUGCAAUAUUGAAGGGGAAGAAAGUUGGUGGUCUUUAUCACUCACAAGGAAGCAUAGCCAAUGGCACAUGUGUUGUGUCAACUUCAAGUAGUCAAGAUAAAGAUGUGACUUGGUUAUGGCAUAUGCGACUUCGGCAAAGGAGUGGAGCUGUGUAUAUGUUGACCUUCAUCGAUGAUUAUUCAAGAAAGGUGUGGGUAUACAAAUUAAAGAGUAAGAGUGAUGUGUUCCUCACCUUUAAGCAAUGGAAGACGCUGAUUGAGAAGCAGAGUGGAAAACAAAUCAAACGCCUAAGAACAGGCAAUGGUCUUGAGUAUUGCAGUGGUGAGUUUGAUACUUUUUGCAAGAAUAAUGGAAUUGUGAGACAUCGCACUGUCAGGAUGACACCACAGCAAAAUGAUGUUGCAGAAAGGAUGAAUCAUACACUCUUGAAGAGGGCAUGGUGUAUGCUCUCAAAUGCUAGAUUAUCAAAGGAAUUUUGGGCAAAAGUUGUCAAUCAUGCUAACUAUCUUGUAAAUCGGUCUCCAUCCACAACAAUUGGAUUAAAGACUCUAGAAGAAUUAUGGUCAAGUUCUCCUGCUGAUUAUUCACAGUUAAGGAUAUUUGGUUGUCCUAUGUAUGCUCAUGUUAGGGAUGGUAAGCUUGAGCCAAGGGUAGUGAAGUGCGUAUUUCUAGGGUACGCUUCCGAGGUAAAAGGCUAUAAACUAUGGUGUGUUCAGAAGUCACCUCGAUUCCUCAUAAGCAGAGAUGUAACCUUUGAUGAGUUUGCUAUGCUCCAAAAAGCAAAAAAGGAGUCAACAAUUGCAAAGCCAGACCAUGGAGUUAGCAAGCAGGUGGAGUUUGAAGCAACAACUCCAGAAAAGGCAGUGUGAGAUGGCAAUAUUAUCCAAGAGAAUCUAGAUGUGGUGCAAGAUCCAGAGCUAAUAGAUACUCCAAUGGAGGUGGAAGCACCUGAACAAACACAACAACAGUAAAAUAUUGCUACUGGU